CCUCCUCCUCCUUCACCGCCGCCCUCCCUUCCUCGCGCUGCUCCGCUUGCUCAGCUCUGCUCAGCGCAGCGCAGCUCAGCAGCUGCCAAGCCGAGGCGGGCACCGUCUCCCAGUUGCCAGCGCCGGCUCUGAGCUCCGCUUCCCGCCUGGGCUCCAGCAAGGUCUCGCUUCUGCGGGGACCCCUUCGGGCGGGAGUCGCGUGGCGAAAGCCGGCGGCCGCGGCACAAAGUUGGGGGCCCGCGAGGAUGAGGCUGUCCCCGGCGUCCGUGAAGCUGAGCGGGAGUCCAGCGCUGCUGGCCCUGGCGCUGCCCCUGGCCGCGGCGCUGGCCUUCUCCGACGAGACGCUGGACAAAGUGCCCAAGUCAGAGGGCUACUGCAGCCGCAUCCUGCGCGUCCAGGGAACGCGACGCGAGGGCUACACUGAGUUCAGCCUCCGCGUGGAGGGUGACCCCGACUUCUACAAGCCAGGAACCAGCUACCGUGUGACACUAUCAGCAGCCCCUCCCUCCUACUUCAGAGGAUUCACAUUAAUUGCCCUCAAAGAGAAUAGAGAGGGUGAUAAAGAGGAAGACCAUGCUGGGACCUUCCAGAUCAUAGAUGAAGAAGAAACACAGUUUAUGAGUAAUUGUCCAGUUGCGGUCACGGAAAGCACCCCACGGAGGAGGACGCGGAUCCAGGUGUUCUGGAUAGCGCCACCUGCAGGAACAGGCUGUGUGAUUCUAAAGGCCAGCAUCGUACAAAAACGCAUCAUUUAUUUUCAAGAUGAGGGCUCUCUGACCAAGAAAGUUUGUGAGCAAGAUUCCAUAUUUGAUGGGGUGACUGACAGACCAAUCUUAGACUGCUGCGCCUGUGGAACUGCCAAGUACAGACUCACAUUUUAUGGGAAUUGGUCUGAGAAGACACACCCAAAGGAUUACCCUCGUAGGGCCAAUCACUGGUCUGCGAUUAUUGGUGGAUCCCAUUCCAAGAACUAUGUCCUGUGGGAGUAUGGAGGAUAUGCGAGCGAAGGCGUCAAACAAGUUGCAGAAUUGGGCUCACCAGUGAAAAUGGAGGAGGAAAUUCGACAGCAGAGCGAUGAGGUCCUCACCGUCAUCAAGGCCAAAGCUCAGUGGCCAGCCUGGCAGCCUCUCAACGUGAGAGCAGCACCCUCGGCUGAAUUUUCCGUGGACAGGACACGCCACUUAAUGUCUUUCCUGACCAUGAUGGGCCCCAGUCCCGACUGGAAUGUGGGCUUGUCCGCAGAGGAUCUGUGCACCAAAGAGUGCGGCUGGGUCCAGAAGGUGGUGCAGGACCUGAUUCCCUGGGAUGCCGGCACUGACAGUGGGGUGACCUAUGAGUCACCCAACAAGCCCACAAUUCCCCAGGAGAAGAUCCGGCCCCUGACUAGUCUGGACCAUCCUCAGAGUCCUUUUUACGAUCCAGAGGGCGGGUCCAUCACUCAAGUCGCCAGAGUUGUCAUCGAGAGAAUCGCCCGGAAGGGGGAACAGUGCAACAUUGUACCUGACAAUGUGGAUGAUAUUGUAGCAGACCUGGCUCCAGAAGAGAAAGAUGAAGAUGACACCCCCGAAACCUGCAUCUACUCCAACUGGUCCCCGUGGUCCGCCUGCAGCUCUUCCACCUGUGACAAAGGGAAGAGGAUGCGGCAGCGCAUGCUGAAGGCGCAGCUGGAUCUCAGCGUCCCCUGCCCUGACACCCAGGACUUCCAGCCCUGCAUGGGCCCUGGGUGCAGCGACGAAGACGGCUCCACCUGCACCAUGUCCGAGUGGAUCACCUGGUCACCUUGCAGCAUCUCCUGUGGUACCGGCAUGCGGUCCCGUGAGAGGUAUGUGAAGCAGUUCCCAGAGGACGGCUCCGUGUGCACAUUGCCCACCGAGGAGACGGAGAAGUGCACCGUCAAUGAGGAAUGCUCUCCCAGCAGCUGCCUGAUGACCGAGUGGGGCGAGUGGGACGAGUGCAGUGCCACCUGUGGGAUGGGCAUGAAGAAGCGGCACCGCAUGGUCAAGAUGAGCCCGGCGGACGGUUCCAUGUGCAAGGCGGAGACGUCUCAGGCAGAGAAGUGCAUGAUGCCCGAGUGCCACACCAUCCCGUGCUUGCUGUCCCCGUGGUCCGAGUGGAGUGACUGCAGUGUGACCUGCGGGAAGGGCAUGCGGACCCGCCAGCGGAUGCUCAAGUCUCUGGCCGAACUCGGGGACUGUAACGAGGAGCUGGAGCAGGUGGAAAAGUGCAUGCUGCCCGAAUGCCCCAUUGACUGUGAGCUCACCGAGUGGUCCCAGUGGUCAGAAUGUAACAAGUCAUGUGGGAAAGGCCACAUGAUUCGAACCCGCAUGAUCCAAAUGGAGCCUCAGUUUGGAGGCGCGCCCUGCCCAGAGACUGUGCAGCGGAAAAAGUGCCGCAUCCGGAAGUGCCUCCGAAAUCCAUCCAUCCAGAAACUGCGCUGGAGGGAGGCCCGAGAGAGCCGGAGAAGUGAGCAGCUGAGGGAAGAGUCGGAUGGGGAACAGUUUCCAGGCUGCAGGAUGCGCCCCUGGACGGCCUGGUCGGAAUGCACCAAACUGUGUGGAGGCGGGAUUCAGGAACGCUACAUGACUGUAAAGAAGAGGUUCAAAAGCUCCCAGUUUACCAGCUGCAAAGACAAGAAGGAGAUCAGAGCAUGCAAUGUCCAUCCAUGUUAACAAGGGCACACGUUCCCUAGGGCUACACUCUAGACCCCCCAGUCACCAAUGGUUGGAUUGUUUGUUUGCUUGUUUGUUUAAAGCAGUUUAAAUCGUGUACACUAGUUUUCAUUUCUGCAGUGCAGUAUGCCCAGUAGUUUUGGGGGUGCCAGGGACAUCCCUCUGUAUACUUUUUGGUGGCAGAUGGUGGGGGGGGGGGGUCCCUCAUCCUCAGCUGGCCUUCCUCCACCUCAAGAGAAUAAUGUCAGCCACCCAUGCUGAGUAGAAGUGUGUCCCUCUGGAGCAUCCACCUGGGCUCCUCCACCUGGAGAGGCAUCUGUGUCUGCAGCUUAACUCUGCCUCCGUCAAGGAUGCAGAGGGACAAAUGGUCCCCCCCACCCCCAUCAGGUGGAGGGCAGAUUCCCCUCGUUCUCAUCUGUGGCCUGCUUGCUCUUGCAGGAAACUGUUGUUUGCCCAUCUCUUCUCAUUUAGUGGAACUUUAGGGUCCUUGUUGAGUCUCCUCAGUCAUCAAUAGUUCUUGGGGAAAAUGGAGCUGGCAAACAGGAAGAGAAGCACUGAUGCUGGAUGGCUUUUCUUCUUUCACUGAGAAAUUGUGAAUGCACGUAUGUCACCCCCUUAAUGUUGGUUCCUGAUGCCCCAAAGGAAAGAAAUGAUGGCUGCUUUAUUUGAAUGUCAGGUAACCAGUUCUUACAUCUAAGGUAAAAGGUACUAAGUCUAGAAAUUAUUUUUCCCUUCUUUAGGGGGCUUUUGGACAAAAUUUUCUUAGGAAGCCAGCCUUAUGAACCUUCUGAUGCUAGAUCCUUACUAGAACCCAGGCAGCAAAACUGGCCUCUAUAUAUAGCAGUCCCAAACCUGAGUUUUUUAAAUCUUCCGACACAAGACUCUUAAGUUUUCAAGCCAGUAUCUACCAAGAAAACUUUUUUUUAGUUAUGCAAACAUUUUGCUGAGUCUGUCACCACAGCCCACCAAGCCAUUCCUUCAACAAAAAUACUAUGUCUGGACUUAAAGAGUUUUUUUAAGUCAUAACAUUUUAUAUGUAGAGAGAAAAAGUAUUUCAGAGAUAAGAAAGACAGAAAUCUAGGGAGAAAGGAAUGUUACAUAAUCAAACUUGGCAGGAAAGUCUGUUGGGAAGUCAAACCUAUGUCAAGCCCCCGCACCAGGGGUCUGGUUCUCUGACACAACCACAGGGAAGGUCAUGGUUUUCCACCCCUUCCGAGCACUCAUAAGCACACCAAAUUCAGGGAGACUAACUACCAAGGAUUAGUAUGUAAAAGGACAUUUUACCAAGUGGAGUCCCUCAGCAGUUUUUACUCAACUCGUUCAUUGUUAAAAUUAUCAUUUCAUUUCUGUUGCAGGCCGCCUUUAUCAUGCUUAAUCCAAAUAUGUACCAUGGAAGAGAUGCAUACAAUGCUCUGAAUACACUACUUUUAAGAAUCUGCAUUAAACACAUCAGGAUAUUCCAAACACAACAUAUAUAUAUAUAUAUGCACAUAUAUAUAUAUAUGCUAUAGCCUUGAAUCUGUACCAUUUUAACACAAGAGAGACUAUUCAAUAAAAAACUCAUUGGGUCUGUC